AUGCCUUCCCUGUCCUGGUUGGCAUCAGGGGUCAAGUUCGCCGCCUUGCUUUUCCUGCCAGUGGGACAUGUGGCAGCACACGAUGCGGCGUUUGCCGUGACAUACACAGAGCAUGCCACCAGGCUGCGCGCCGAUCUCCUUCGCAACUACGACUCGGUUGUCCCGCCGCGCAGCGAGAGGGUUGUCAACUACAGCAAGUCUGGCACGGAUGUGGCCCUGGAGAUUCGUAUUUUCAAAGUUCAAGGGGUCGAUGCCUCUUUGGGGCAGAUGCGCCUAAAAGUUUGGGUGCGGAUGAGUUGGGUUGAUGCUCGGCUCAGUUGGGAUCCAGCUGAUUACGGUAACAUCACGACCGUGCAAUUCCGCUCCAUGCACCCCACCAACGCCGAGAACACCGAGAUUUGGUUGCCGGACGUACAACUGUACAAUUCCAAUGUUGGCAACGAGUUCUCUUUGGACAGCGGACUUGCUUCGGUGACGUCUGAUGGAUCCGUGUUCUGGAGCCGCCCUGGGUUGCUAGACACGCUGUGCAAGUUUUCUGGCUUGGUGGCAUUUCCCCACGACGUACUUUCUUGUGCCAUGGAGUGGGGAGGCUGGGCAUAUUCAGGUGGCUUCCAAGGCAUUCGGCUCAGCGGAAAAGGUUUUUCAACGGCGACAUCGGAAGAUACUGCCGGAUCAUCGUACCAGGAGUACAGUAUUGUGGGGAUAGAGGUCCAGACAAAAACCAACUUCUACGAAGCGUACCCGAGCGAACCUUGGACAGUCGUGAAGUACACAGUGAAAUUGGGCCGAGCUUCAUUCUAUUACUCGUUGCUUAUUAUAUUCCCCACGGUGCUCAUCACCUAUCUCUCUUUUGGCGUGUUCUUCAUGUCCCAUGAAGUCGGUGAACGCCUGUCCUUCGGCAUCACCUUGCUGCUCGUGAUCGAGGUCAUGAAGACGACAGGAGCCUCCUUCGUCCCCGUUUGUGGCGAGCUGCUGUGGAUUGACCUUUUCAUGCUGGUGAACACCGUUUUUUGCUGCGCCAGCUUGGUGGAGACCAUGGCAGUUCUGUUUUUCGCUUUUCAUGUGGAUCAACACGCGCUUCCCAACUGGCUGGCUUGGGCUGCCCCUUGGUGCCUUUGCCGAUUGGCCCCAAAUCCGUUGGCGGAGUCCAAUGCUGGCCGGAUCUUCCGUCAACUGAAUGCGGAGAAAUCGGUGCUAUUGAGAGAUACCACAAAAGCGUUCCAGAAAGGAGCAAAGAUCCAGGAGCUCUCCGAGGCUGACUUGUCUAAGACAGACACAGAAAGGCUGAUUUUCUUUGAAAACCUCUUCUACUUGCUAGACACCAACUCGAACGGCCUCAUCACCAUCGAGGAUGCUUCCUGCAUGUUGAGCUUCGUGAACCUGGGCCUUUCACGGAUGGCCUUGGAGGACAUCUUGCUGUCAGCAUGGGAGCCGAAGCAGCUCUUCGAUUGUCGAGAUUUUUUAGAAAUUUGUGUGGAGCUCCUGUGGACCAUCCCUUUCAAAGAAAUCAAGCUGGGUGCUGAGAACUACAUCAGCUCGCAUAACCGGCACACCAAGCGCUGCCAUACCUAUUGGCUUAAGUGGUCAAAAUCGGUGGACAAGUGGUCUCGAUUCUGGCUGCCACUUCUCUAUACCAUCGCCUUAGGCUUUCUCCUAAACCUGGACUUGACCGACUACUACGAUCAAGGCUCCGAGAUGUUUCAAGGCUUUGGGCCUAUGAGCAUGUCUCUUCCUGGCCUCAUCCAAGCCUUGAUCACGCCCACCGUAGGCGUCAUUUCAAUUCUUACCUGGUUGCGGAUGCGGCGGCUGUCCAAGCAGUGGCGGAAGCAGGAGAAGGCCGCCAUGAAAGCCAGGGAUUCUGUGCCUGAUGACUCUGGCCGGGCCAGGCCACGAUGGACACACAGGUCAGACGGAUCGGGAUCGGGGCCCCCCAACAUGGGAGAGGUACUCUCUGAACGCAUCGUGUCCGCGAACUGCAACUGA